AUGCAGCAUAUCAGGCGCGAGCACCCCACGUUUGCCGCCGAGAUGCUGGCUGCAACUCCCGGAGAGACUGGGUCUCUCCUGCAUUACGUCCGCCACUCCGCCCAGAACACGUUUGGGUUUGGGUGGCUGGAGUGGAUCGUCAUGGGCAACCUGCCCCUCUCAUUCUGUGAGAACAGGCUUGCACGACGGUACACGAACCUGGAGCCCAUCACGCUCCGUCGUUCCCUGGAAGCGGUGACACGCUCCGUCGAGCGUGCAAUCGCUGUCGAUCUACUGGAACGCUUCGGUAUCAUUUUUGACGGAUGGAGCCAUGCCUCGCAGCAUUUUAUCGCUGUUUUGGCUAGGUAUGAGGUGGGCGAGGAAGUUCGUUGUCCUCUUCUCAGCAUGGCUCCACUCUGUGUCUUCCUGGUAGGAGAUAACUGCACCGCCAACCACCGGCUCGCCACCCUUAUGGACAUUCCGCGGAUCGGCUGUGCUAGCCAUCGCCUAAGCCGAGCGGUCGCUGCACAGCUGAAGGAGCAUGCUGGUGAUCUUGACUUAGUCCAGACCCUAAUGUUGAAACUACGCACGUUAACACAAUCCGCGAAACUACGAUUAAAGACUAGUCUCCGACCAAUCAUUCGCCAGCAAACACGGUGGGGUUCCAAUUUUGCGAUGCUCAAUCGAUUUUUCGAGCUCCUCCCAUUUCUGGACGCUGACGAUGAAGAGUUCGCGUAG